AUGAAUCCACAAAUGGGUUACCCACGCCCUAUUAACAGGGUCCCUCCUCCCCAGUUCUUAACACACUUCCAUGCAAUGGAGGAGAAUUGGCACAUGACGGAAGAGCUCAUGGCAGAGAUUGAGCGAGCAGACUAUGCGCAGGCCCUGAGUCAGCAGCCACCUGUGCCUGGAAUGUCUGGCGUCGCCUACGCUGGUGGCGCCGCGAGCGGCGCCGUGUACGUACGUGAGGUGCCGUCACCUCUCAAAGACCCCGUCGGUGAUCGUGUCCGCGCGAACGAACGAACUAGUCCAAAAGAUGCAGACGGUCAGGGGAGCGGCGGCAUGCAGCGCUCCCGUUCCAUCCGCGUUGUCGAACGCGAGAGGGAAGUGCAGCCGAGCGAUAGUGCUCGUGCACGCGAGCGUCCCCUCCCGUCUAGUCAGACUGGGUCUCCGUCCUACUCACCCUUGGGACACCGUGUGCCCUCUCCUGAGCGCACUUCUCCCCCUUACCACACGCCUACUGGCUCGUCGGGCGGUGAGAGUGUGACUGCAGUGGACGUGGACUACGUCUCGUAUAAGCGGGACUCAUAUCAAUCUAAUGGAAGCUCUUCCCUCAGGCUUCCCAGUCCGCCGCCCACUGUGCGGAAAGCCAUUGUCACCGACAAUGCUCAUGUCACGCCGCCUGCGGUCAGCAAAUUUGCAAGCAAUACACCUCCCCUGCAGGCCAUGAAGACCCGAACUCCCGACAAGUCGCUGCCUGUCCAAGAAGAGCCAGAAGACGAUAUCGCAACCUCUAAGAACGGCGAUGACUAUGCUCAUGGGAAUGACUAUAAUGAGGAUGAUGAUAAUGACACUCUCAUAGAAAAUGACAAUGACUUUCCCGUCGACGGUAACAGAGACCACGACGGAGAACUAGAAUCGUAUACCCCACGCUCACCCACUGCCAGCUUACCCGAACCAUACUCUGCCAGGCAAUACCCCACGCAGCCCGCAAAUCAGCGCCUCUCAAGCCUCACAAAGCACCAUCGCAGUGGUAGCACAGACCGUCUUGGCCUCCGAAGUUUCGACGCAGCCGUCUUUGAAAAGCCUCCCAUCAGAUCUACUGAGGAGCGCCGUGAGUCACCUGCACUUCCGGUGAGGCUGACUGAGCAGAUUGACUCUGUACCAGAGCAUAAUCUGCGGCACGAACACAGCCGCACGUUUUCUGACACUCGUGGUGCAGAACAGCAGCAGCAACAUCAACCGCAGCAGAGCAAUGGACGGCUGCACCCACUUCAAAAUCAAGUCUACUCGGAUGAUCAGAAUCACGAUGAUGCUGCAGCUGCCUAUAUAUCGCAUUACUUCCAGUCUCCUCGUCCAGUUGCGCCCAUACCGCCCACGCCUCACAGCCAAACUGCUGCUCCGUCACCAUUGAUAUCUAGUAUGCAAAGCAUGCAAGCCAGCCCGGCACCUCCAGUAGGCUCGCCCUAUCCGUACCCAUUCUCUCAUGUUCGGCGCAACAACGUGUACUCUACCUAUCCCAUUCACACUGCGCCUUCCUCCAACUACGACCCCAACCAUCCCUCGGUGAUUGAAGAGCAACUUGCUCUCCAGAUGCAGAUGUACGCUUUGAACAACCAUGCAGCAUUAUCUGACUCCACGUUCUCACCAUCGUCAACGCCCUUCCCUGGGGCUGGAUACAACCCGUGGACGUUCUUGCAGGCAUCUCGUGCGUUCGGAGGAGGCGUACGGCCACGUUUUGACUCCACUGCAACGAUGAGUAUCCAGUCGAGCCCGAGCCAUCAACCGGUCAGCCUUCCGUUCCCGACUGGCAAAAUCAAGCGCCGUCAGGCAUCCGCGGAUCUGCGAGUCCAGAGCACGAUUCGGAAGCGGAAGAUCAAGCCGCCGCCACGUGUGGACAGUACACAGCCACGGGACACGAGUCCAGAGCCGUACUCCUCUGGUGAGGAGACCGCUGGCGAGGAACGCUUUGAGGUUGCUGAAGAAGGGAAUUGGGUGAAUGGGUUGGUGCCUGAUGAUGGCACUGAGUGGGUGGACGAGGAUGAGGAUGACAAGGAUGAGUUGUUAGACUUGGAGUAUCACCCGAAUUACGUCAACAACAUCGAAAAGAGACGGAGGAGAUGGGAUACGCGUUGGGAAGCUCUGCAGCAGGCGUUCGAAGCGCUUGAUUGCGAGACUGAUACGACGAUGGUCCUGCUCGCUGCACCUUCGCAUUCUACAAAACUACAUGCCUUGACAUCACGCUCUAUUCGUCGUGAAAUAGGGACCCAGUCUCCGAGCAUGCUUAACAUCCGAAACUCUUUCCGAGGCAUUGCUGCUCGCCGACGAGCAUCCCGCGCCAAGGGCACGACGCUUGUUGAGAGGUUCCUCAACUCGACUUCUUCUGGUGAUGGUUCCGACUGCAGUUCGGAAUCACGGGAAGGCGACCUCAAGCGUGCGCUCGAGACUGCUCUCGGCAGUCUCGGUGCCCUUCGCUCAAUAUACGACCACCGCGUCGCACGCUGGGAGGACGAGAUGGGGCGCAUCAACGACGAGCGGGACCGUGUUGAAAUGCUACUCCGCCAGACCCUGGGUGUCGGUUUGCAGAACGGUAAUGGCCUUCCUGACGCGUAA